AUGGCGGAUACAGGGGUCCAGAAGAAGCACCAAGCUCUGGCAGAGGUGUCCUGCGAUGACGACGACAUCGCCUUGGUGGGCGCUGCCGCGGAGCCGGCGAUCGAUGGCGGACACCCUGCCGAGGAGCUCAAAAGCGAAGCACAGAUGAACGGCGUCAUGGUCCUGGCCCUGCUGGACAAGAUAAUUGGUGUGGUGGACCAGAUUCAGCAGACUCAGACCGGGCUGGAGGAACGUCAGGAGGCUAUGGAAAAGUCGGUCUCCACCAUCCAAGGGGAGCUGUCCAAACUGUCCAAGACCCACCUGGGGACAUCCACCACCACCACCAAGAUGUUAGACAAGGUUCGCAGGGUCAGCGUGAACGUCAAGAUGGUGCGCAAUAACCUCGAGAAGCAGGCGGGCCAGAUCAAGAAGCUGGAAAGCAACGAGUGUGAGCUACUCAAGAGGCGCAACUUCAAAGUCCUCAUCUUCCAGGACCAAAUGAAGGCCGCUGUGACUGCAAAGCCGGCAGAGACGGUGGCCGAGGACGGCAAGGUGGAGGGACUCCAGCAGAUACCAGAGGAGGAUGGCGAGGACCAGCCGGCCAACCUCAACUCUGACCAGGAGGUGGAAAUCGAGGAGAUCGUUGAGGAGUCCCGAACCAAACGCCUGCAGCGCUCCACCAAGAGGCAAGUGAACAGCAUCAAAAAGGCUUUCUCCAAGGAGGAGAUGGAGAAGACCAAGCUGAAGACCAAGGAGAACCUGGAGAAGACCAAGCAGAGGACCCGCGAGAACUUGGAGAAGACUCGGCAGAAAACCCGCGACAACCUGGAGAAAACCAAGCACAGCCUGGAGAAGAAGAUGAACAAACUAGGUUCACGUAUGACCCCCAACAUGGAACGCCGGGUUAAGAUGAAAACCUCCAAAGAGAAGGUAAAGAAGUCCCUCACACCUGACCACGCCCUCUACGCCCGAUCCAAGACCAGCGUCUACCGCGUGCCCCCCUUCACCUUCUACGUCAAGAAGAUCCGCGAGGGCAUGGAAGAAGAGCACCCCGCCGAGAUGACGGAGGUGGCCGACCUGCCCGAAGGCGAGGAGAACGGGUUGGGCGUGCACGUGGAUAUGGAGGAGGGCGAGCUGGUAAACAUAGACAGCCCAGAGAUGGAGGCCAUGCUGAGGGAUCCUCAGCUUGUCAGUGUGAAGGCGGACCACCGAGAGAAGACCCAGCAUGACUAG